AUGGACAAGAUCAAGGAGCGCAUGACUGCCCUCCGCGUGGAGGCUGACGAGGCCCACGAUCAGGUCGAGGAAUUGAACAAGAAGGUCAAGACUUUGGAGCAGGAGAACCUCGCCAAGGAGCAGGAGAUCACAUCGCUCAACCACCGCAACCAACUGCUCGAGGAGGAGGUAGAGAAGCUUGAGGCCUCUGUCAAGGACGCCAAGGACGCCGCCAACCAGAGCGCCCAGCACGAUACCCAAAACGAGGCCCUCCAGCGGCGGGUGCAGCUCCUCGAGGAGGAGGCCGAGGAGAACGACAAGACUCUGCGGGAGACAAACGAGAAGCUUCGCCAAACCGACGUCAAGGCUGGCCACUACGAGCGCAAGGUGCAGGCACUGGAGACAGAGCGCGAUCAGUGGGAGUCCAAGUACGAGGAGAUGGCCAAGAAGCACGCCGAGUUGCAGAAGGACCUGCACGACCUCGAGGUCUCCAUCAGCAACGUUUAA